AUGACGCUCAUAUGCCAUCAUGAUGACAUUUCUGGCGAGCGCUGUUUGGGCACUCGGACACCCGCGCAUCAUCAUCACAUGCCCCGUGUGGACAGGGGCAUUGCAAGAUGGCGCAUGGUUGCUGAAAUGCUUGCACUACAUUCCAUGAGUGCAUCUACUUUGCACACCCAAAUCUCCAGAUGUCAACAGCUGAAAGAGAAAUGCAUUACAGCAGGGGAUGAAUGUGAAAGUGUCUGGCAUUUACUGGAAGAAGUUUGCUAUGUUUCAGGCAACAGCUGUGUUGUGCAAGAUUCAGCUAACUGCAAUAAAAUCAUCCAAUUCUUAGUUGAUCAGUUCUCAGAAUUUAAAGAUUGCAUGUGCACAAAGGAUAACUGCAGCAUGAAAACAUUCCAGGUCAAGGAAUGCUCCAGUCAUCAAGGACAACCAGAGCAUUCCUCGUCCACACGAAAAUUUCCACAGCAGACCAAAUCCCAAGUAACGGGGCUCAUGGGCUUGUUAGGCAGAAAUGAUUGCUUUGUUGCCAAGGAACUGUGCCGAGGAGACGAUUCCUGUUCUACCCGUUAUAAGAAUUUCCUGAGAGCCUGCAGAGCAGAGACAGCCAAAUGUAGCCUCCCAAUGGCAGGGCAGCAAUGCUUUACAGCAUGGAAGGAGCUGCAGAGGACAAUCCUGGGGAACUGCACCUGUCCAGAACCAGUGCAGAGAAGGUGCACAAAAAUCUGGAAACACAUCUUUAACAACACCUGUUUAGACUAUGCACAAGGGUUUUACAACCCAGCCACCAGUAAGGAAAGCUACACAGAUCGGAUGAAAAUAAAAUCACAGUGGAAGUCAUCAGCCCUUUCAAACUAUGAGUACAAACACCGGCAGUCCUGUUUCCAACUAAAUGUGGAAUGUGUUAAUGAUGAAGUCUGUAACAGACAAUUAGCUUUAUAUCUUCGAGUUUGCCAGGCAAAUGGAACACAGUGCAAAAUGAGACAAUGCCAAGAAGCACUACAGUUCUUCUAUGAAAAUAUGCCUUUCAAUGUUGCCCAGAUGUUGACAUUUUGCGAUUGCAUGCUGUCAGAUGAAAAUUGCCACCAGGCCAAAGGACUCCUUCAUGGCAAACCAUGUGCAGUCCAUUUGGUUCCAGCACCUUCAUGUCUUAGCAUAAUUCACACAUGCCAAGCAAACACUCUCUGUCGGGUCAAAUAUGAGAAUUUUACAUCAAAGUGUUUAAAAUACAUCAGCCAAGCAUGCCUUGAAGAUAAAGCCUGCCUACAGUUUUUGGACAGCAGUGAUCUGAUUUGUUCUGACAGUGAUGAGUGCAAAGCAGCUUACAUAAAUCUGAGGGGCUCUGCCCUUCAAGUUGAGUGCUCUUGCGACACCACUUCAACGGAUGAACGGUCUGCAUGCAAAUGGUUCCAACAAGUGUUCCAUGGCAAAUCCUGUUUCAAUCAAAUAUCAGGUGGAAAAGCUGACCUUCAUUCAUCACUUGUGGAUCUAAAUGGAAAAUUACUUCCUGCAACCGGUGAACAGUCUUUCUCUUAUGGAGGUGAAGACAAUGUGAUGGAGUAA